UCUAUUGAGUGAAGUCUGGCCAUGGCGCUGCACGGCUAUAGACCAGGCUACUGGUACCUCCAGACACGCUGGAAGCCCAUGUCUGGAGAAGGGCCCUGGAUUAUGGUGAUGCUCAGUUACGAUGGGGGAGACGAACUGAGACUAAAGAUUAAUGUGGAGGGGGCUAAGGAGGAGGAAAUGAGAACUAACCCGAAGUUGCAAGAUGCUAUGACGGAAGCCAAGGGUCGGGCUGAGCGACGCUGCAGGAGAGACAGGGUGACAACGAGGAUGCAAGUAAUGGUCGCUUAUCAUGAGACUGAGACCUCAGCAGACACGGUGGACCGAGAACAGGCUCACCUGGACAGGGACUCAGGGGGAGAGAGUGAGAUGAGCAAGGCUGGAGACCGGGAGACCGAUCUUCAAUCCUGGAACAGGCCGGACCAGAUGACGAGAGAGGCGACUGCGACGACAGAGGUGAUGGCGGAGGUGGCAGUAACGGGGGAGGUGACGGUAAGGGGGGAGGUGAUGGCAGAGGUGGGGGCGACGACAGAGGUCGCGGAGGACUUGGCGGCGACGAGGGAGGUGACGACAGAGGCCACGGAGGAGGUAGCGGUGAUGACGGAGAUGAUGACAGAGGUCACGGAGGAGGUGGCGACGACGAGGGAGGCAACAAUAGAGAUCACGGAGGGGGUGGCGGCGACGAAGGAGGUGACGACAGAGGUCACGGAGGAGGUGGCGAGGACGAAGGAGGUGAUGACAGAGGUCACAGAGGAGGUGGUGAGGACGAAGGAGGCGACGACAGGGAUCACGAAGGGGGUGACGACAACGAGGAAGCUCAUGGCAGAAGUGGCUAUGAGGAUCAUAAGGGCGACGAUCUUGUGCGUGGUUGUGGCUUCGUCUUGAAGCGGUUAAGACACAGGGGCAAACAAGAUAACAACAUCGGAUCUCGUGUGUGCAGAUGUCAAACAGGAUAACAACAUCGGAUCUCGUGUGUGCAGAUGUCGUAUUCAGACUCUUCACGAUGUGACCGUCACGAAGGUGAGUGUCGUGCAUCACGAGCAGGUUGUUGUGUCUGAGGACUCCAUGAGCGACACGGCGGACUUGGACACAUUCGUUGUGAUGUUGACCUGAGGGCGCGGAGCAUCAACCCGGUUUCAUUGAGGUGCCGAGUCUGCCGACCACGU